AUUGACACCUCGUAUACAUGUUUUCAUUUUAUUAUUUUUAGCAAGCCAAAAACCCAACGUGGGAAAAGAUUCCUUCAAGGCAGGGAAUCAAAGAUCUAUGAAAAUACAAAGCGAACUAUGUUUGUGAAGGGAGGGAACACUAGCCAAACAGUUACACAGUUAUUAAAAGAAUUGUAUACAUUGAAAAAGAUAGAUUCUGUCAUGUAUAAAAGAAAAAAUAUCCUUAGACCCUUUGAAGAUGAGACACCAUUGGAAUUUUUCUCUCAGAGGUGUGAUGCAUCAUUGUUCAUGUUUGGAAGCCAUUCAAAGAAAAGACCAAACAAUAUUAUUAUAGGUCGAAUGUUUGACUAUCAUGUUCUGGACAUGAUAGAACUUGGAGUAGAAGGUUUCAAAUCAAUGUUUGAUAUAGAGGGACCAAAGUGCCCAAUAGGAACCAAGCCAUGCAUUAUGUUUGCUGGGGAACAGUUUGAUACAGAUCCUGAUUACUCUAGAUUAAAAAAUCUUUUUGCAGAUUUUUUCCGAGGCUCUAUUAUAAAACAGAUAAGGUUACAAGGUAUAGAGCAUGUUAUAAUGAUAUCUGCAAUAGAUGGAAAAAUCUAUAUCAGAAACUACAGAAUUAUAUUAAAGAAGUCUGGUAGUAAAGUACCUCGUAUAGAACUAGAAGAUAUGGGACCUUCUAUAGACCUGACAUUAAGGAGAACUAAGAUUGCCUCAGAUGAUUUAUACAAGAGAAGCUUGAGAAAACCAAAAACAGCUACUGUGAAGAAGAGGAAGAACAUAUCCCAGGAUGCAUUUGGUUCCCAGCUUGGUAGAAUACAUAUGCAGAAACAAGACUUGGCAAACCUACAGACAAGAAAAAUGAAGGGAUUAAAAAGACAAAAUAAAGGCAAUAAUGAACCAGGUACCAGCCCUAAAAAGUCAAAGAAAACUGUAGAAGAAUCAGACACUUGAAGAUGGAAAAUUCUGUAGAAAAUAUACAAUGUAAAUUAAAUCUUUUGCUUUAGAGCCAGCAAUUUUGAAGUCCCUCUGGCAACACACAUUAAUCUCAGUAAAUAAAAUGAUGUUGAGGAAUAAAUUAUUUAAGAAAGAUCAAAUAUGUACCAAGAUAUGGGACUCAUUAUUUUUUUUAAUGAAAUAUGCAAACUCAUUAAUAAAAUUAAAUAUUUGUUACAUGGACACUUCAAAGACUUGUCUCUCACACCAUUGUGAGUAGGAAUCUUGUCAGGGACUUAUUUUUAUAUCUAUGUGAGAAAACUAUCCUGCUACCCUGCUACAUUACACAAGGUCUGUAGUUUUAUCAGAAGUUUUCCUGCACCAGAUAAGAUGGAAAGUCACCAAAAAACCUUGUGACUGAAAAACAAAUUAUUACGACAGUUAAAAAGUUGAGAGUUUUGCCAAGAUCCUCUUGAUAAUUUAUAUAUAUUUUUGUGUGCAAGACAAGUUUUUAAAUCUUGAUUUUACAAGAAAACUAUCUAGAAACGGAAAUAAUUACUUGCGUCAAUACCAUCAAAUUAAGAUAAAACAAACUCAGUUAUUUUAGAUGUCUUUAUUGUGCAAGUACAUUCAUAUACAGUCAUUUAUAACUUUGUAUUAGAACUAUUGAUUUUCCUGAAUUCUCCAGGACUUCCAACUUGCCCAUCAAGGUCAUAUUUUAAAAUUUAUUAUAAAUUUAUUUAAUGUUUGAUCAUGUUCAGACUUGGCUCUUGUUUGUUUUAAUGUUUACUUAAUAUUGCAUCUUUCAUAGGAAUCGAGGUUACCUAGGAUGCAAAAGGGUUUCAUACUUUUUCAUUUGAAACCAUCUAUUAUUAAGAAUCUUAGGUAAUUGGUAUUUACGAAACUUGUAUAAGCAUUGGACUGGUAAAAGUUCAAGGUCUCUUUAACCUUAAAAUUAUAUAUUGUUUUUAGCAGGGCUGUCAUUGAUGAAAAAUUUUGUAUCAAUAUAUCCAGAGACAAAUAUCAAUGAUAUAUUGAUGACAUCAUGUAUUAACUUUGAACAUAGAUUCAAUGAAAAACAUUGAAAUAUGUGUUAUAAAUUUGGAUCAUUGUGUUGUGCAUGCUUGUAUUAGACAUUACAAAUACUACAAACUAACAAAAAGUUUGUUUUUUCUGUUAUUUUUGUCACUGACAUUUUCCAAGUAAGCCCAGAAAACUGGAAAAAAGUUACUUCUCUAAUUAGGCAAAAUAGAGGUAUAUUUACUAACGGAAAUGAAUUUUAGCUUGUAUCGAUAUUGUAUCGGAUGAAGAAUAUUGACAAUAUAUCUAUAUUGCGAUAUUCAAUGACAGCCCUAGUUUCAGUUUUGCAUCUUGUUUGUACCUGUAUUUACAGGUACCAUCUAAUGUAGAUGUGUUGUUGUUUUUUUU